AUGUGGAUUGAUUGGACAGAUGGAGCAGCAUACUGCUUGGGCCAGAUGAAUCGAGAUUGUUGGUACCUAUAUACAUUGAGCCACCCAUUUGGGGAAGGUGAUGAAUGGCGGGGAGUUAAUGAGCCUGACCAGACCCUGGAAGUUCUCAUGAUGGAUCUGGAUACAGAUGCCAUGCAGAUCUUCACUCGUCAGGCCAGCUCUGAUGCUCGACAGGCCACUCAGAAAUCGGGUAUACACAAGAUCCUUCCUGGAGUGCAGAUUGAUGACUUUCUCUUUGACCCAUGUGGCUACUCCAUGAAUGGAAUUCUUGCCAAUGGGAGUUACAUGACAAUUCAUGUUACACCAGAGCCACACUGCUCCUAUGUUUCAUUUGAAAGCAACAUCCCAAUGGCUUCUUAUCGGGAUGUCCUGGUUCGUGUCCUGGCCUGCUUCCGCCCUGCUAAGUUCAUCAUGACUGUAUUUGCCAACAAGGGUUCGGUGGCUUUGAGUAGUCACAAGGAGUUGGAUGGAGCUACACACAUUGGAGCCUACCAGCGCAAGGAUCUGCACAGUUGCCAAUUCCACAAGUAUCAUCUGACUUAUGCACACUACGUCAAGUUUCCAUCUUGAGGGUUACUUGGAGGAGUGCCUCCAAGCCUCGGAAUCCUCCCCAGUAGUCCUCCUCCUCCUCUCCUUGUAGUUAUCCCCAAUGUAGUCAUGUUUCUUCAAGGACAUGUUGUUCAUUGUCGACCACGUGACACAUUCUCCUAGAGACAGAUGCUUUUCCUGUUGGAAAAGGAAAGAAAAGGAAAUUUCCUCUGUGAGAUCAUUUGGGUUGGGCCAUUCAUGUGAAUUCCUGACUCAGAUGGCAUUUGGGAGGCUUCCUUCCAGUUUCCCCUGAGUCUGGCAUUUGAAUCACAUGAGUCUGCAGUGCACCUACAUGCACAACAUCAGCUCACUAUUGUCAAUUCAUCCUCCUUGUUUCCAAGAGGGUCUUGAUGCACCCUGCUUUGGAUGAACCAUGCUUGUCAUCUCACUUAUAAAUUGCGCUAAUGUUUUGCCAUGCAGAAGAUCGUGAUCAUGCCAACGUUUCUUGGCAAGAAUGUUAACCUUGACAGAAGCUUGUCAUUGGCAAAUGGGCACCGUGCAUUUCCCAUCCAGAUUGUGAAUCUAGGUACUCCACUGUAUUCAGGGCUUUGGAGCCUGCCAUGUGAUAUUCCUGUGAAUUAUUCAGCACCCUUAAUUCCAAUCCUAUUUUUAUUUUCUUGUUCAAGAUUGUUGCAUGAAGAACUCAUGAUCAUUCAGAGCAAGAAGUUCAUUAAGGUAUGCUGAGUUAUUCUUUAUGUUGUAUGCUGUUAUCCUUUGACUGGGAGAUGAAAGACCUUAUUUAGUUGAAUGGGAUAUGAAGGUUUCACUGUCUCAACCUGGAUGUGUUUCUUUUUGUUGCACCCUUGCAGUGAACCCAAAGAACUCAUUCAUUCCUUGUUAUUCUUCAUUCACUCCAGUCAUCUAGAAUGGUAGAUAUCUGAAUCCAGAAUAAGACCUCAUGAUUAUACCAUUCAUUUGUGACACAUAAAUGCAUUUCCUGAAAACAAGUGAUUGGAUGGCUUUGCGAGAACUAAUGAGUUCUCAUAAAAAUGUCUCAUAUGCCAUGCACCACCUCAGUUGGUUCUUCUCUGACAUACACUACUGCAUUGGAAAAACCAUA